AUGUUCGGGGGCCGGGCCAGUCCUCUCUUCCUGGACACUUCACGGAUCUGGUGGCAGGACUCACCGUCCCUGGCAGCAGCGGAGGCAUCCUGGGAUGUGACAAAGAUGGCAGCUCUGCAGAAGGCUGCGGAUGACGACUCGGACCUGAGUCACCUGGAGGGGGACAGUGCAGAGGAGCUCUCUGUGCUGGACCCAGAGCUGGAGGCCAUCAAAGCCAGAGUACGGGAGAUGGAGAAGGAGGAUGAAAGGCUGAAGGAGCUGCAGCUGGAGGCUGAGAGCCGCUUCAUAGUGAGCAUGGAGGCAGGUCUCUUCCCAAAGACAACUGAGGAGAAGAUGGAGGUUGACCAGCGAUCCAUCUACGUCGGCAACGUGGAUUAUGGGGGCACAGCAGAAGAGCUGGAGUCUCAUUUCAACAGCUGCGGGCAGAUCAACCGUGUGACCAUCCUCUGCGACAAGUUCUCGGGCCAUCCCAAAGGGUACGCCUACAUCGAGUUUGAAGAGAAAAGCUCAGUGAAGACUGCAGUGGAGCUACAUGAGAGCGUGUUCAGAGGCCGGGUCAUUAAGGUGCUGCCCAAGAGGACCAACAUGCCUGGCAUCAGCACCACCGACCGUGGGGGCUACCGUGGCCGCUUCCAAGCCCGGGGAGGGCUGGCCCAGUGGGGAGGCUACUACGGAGGGCAGCAGCACCCUAGAAUGCGAGGGAGGACGUACAGGGGUCGGGCAAGACUGCUGCCCUGGUAUUUUCCAUACUAG